AUGAUGGAGAAAGCAACUGGUAUUGUAGUUACAGCUACAAGAUCUCCCAUGCAGCUUAUGAUGGGACCUGCCGUUACUGCAACUGGUGAUCAGGAGCUGGAAGGUAACACAACUACCUUCCUACGCACUGCCGAGACUUUCUUGCGUCUACUUCCCAUUGGCCUUUGUGUUACAGCUCUUGUCCUGAUGCUUAAAAACUCCGAAGAAAAUGAUAACGACUUUGUCUCCUACGCUGACCUUGGAGCUUUCAGGUAUAUAAAUAUUCUACUGAAAACAUUUUACAUGUGA